UAAUUAUAAGUGUAACAAAUUUUUAUAUAAAAUUACUUAUAUAAAAAAUAUUAAUUGCUAAUUCAAAAAAAAUUAUCACGUGGGUUAUGAGAAAUGUUAAUAAAAAAAAACCUUCAGAAACAUGCAUGAGCUAGAGUUUAUAAAGUAAUUUGUUGAAUUAUUCUGCACGAGUAAUUUCGUGUCAACUUCAGAAACUAUCAGUACUCUGUACAGUUAUUUAUUUAUUUUUUAAAAUAUUUUUAUUGUUUGUAACAUUUGGAUUUUAAAAUUACCGGAAUAUUUUUAUCAAUAAAAUUAACAAUAAUAAUAAUAAUUGAGUGGUCACUAGUUGUAAUUACUAAUUAAAGUGGACAUUAAACUCAUACAGUAAUUUAAAUUUAAUAUCUGCUUUGGUAAAAAAAAUUUAAGGCAGUAAUUUUUUUAAGUCAAUAGUUAUCGUUAUUGUUCCUUAUAAACGACGUGAACAAUUUAUUUAAUACUCCGCGUUACUGAUUCCAAAGUUAUCAUGGCUCUGAUCCAGAUGGUACCGCUCGAAGAAGAACUGAAAAGAAAUCCCGAACUCAAAAAGUCGGACAUUGAAAUAUUAAAAGAAUGGUGUGAAAAACAAUUACAUUUGCCAAAAAUAUCAGACAGCGAGCUCGUUUUAUUCCUCCACAGUAAUUAUUACCAAAUAGAACCAACCAAAGAGACUAUCGAUGCUUUCUACACGAUGAGGACCCAUGUCCCAGAGUACUUUUCUAACAGAGAUCCUUUGGAAAAUAAAGAACUCCGUCAGUCUUUGCAAACAGUAACAUUCAUUCCACUGGCGGGUGAAACACCAGAAGGUUACAAAAUAAUAUACGGGCGUCUAAUUAACUUUGAACCUUCAGCUUACGUUUGGAAUGACGCGAUAAAAUCAAUGAACAUGACAAUGGAUCUCUGGAUGUAUACCGAAGGUACAAUGAAGGGACACAUAAUUCUUGUUGAGUUAACUGGGCUAGCUUUUGGUCACAGUACUCGUAUCAGUCCUCUAGGCUGCAAAAGAUUCAUAAAUUACCUCCAAGAUGGACUUCCUGUUCGUCUUAAAGGAAUUCAUUUUACAAAAUCAAUUCCAGUAAUGCAAAUUAUCCUUGGGAUGAUGAAGCCGUUUAUGAAAAAAGAACUUACAGAUAUUCUUCACGUUCACACUACUGAUGAAACUGUCGAAAAAUUCCUUCCUCUGGAUCUUUUACCAAACGAGUCAGGCGGAAAAGCUGGACCCCUGAUGGAGCUUCAUAAGAAACAAACAAAAAAUUUAGAAGAUCACCGCGAUUUUUUUUUAGAAGAACAAGUUCGCGCUCGAGUUGACGAAUCUCGGCGGCCUGUCAAAGAAAAAAAUGGGUAUUUUGGUCUUUUCAAAGGAACUUCCAGCUGAAGAAACUGGUCAUACUGAGAGCGAGACCAAGCAAUUACACAUUAAUUAACUACAAAUAAAAUUAAUUUAAAUAUGUCUAUUAGGGUGUUUAAAAAAAAACAAAUUUUUUUUUUGGUAUUCAAAAAUUAAAAGUAUACCUGAAAAUAAAAAUUUUGGUGGCAAUCCGAGCUCUUAAUAAUAAUAUUAAGGUUUGCUUCAAUCCAUUUUUCUAUUUUCCAUUUAAAUAACACGGGAAAGAAUUUUUUUUUUUAGAAUUUUCUAGCUUACAGACCACUCAACGGAUUUUUAUGCGCAAUGAGACUUUGUGUAGGAAAUUGAACGCUCUACAAAAAAGUCUCUUAUCAUUUUUUGAUAAAUCCCACUGUUCAAAAGUUAUUUAAGUUUCAAGUCAAAUUUAUAGUAAAUUUUGAGAUCUUUUCACUUUUCCGGCGAAACUAUCAGACUUAUCACAAAAUGUCACAGAAUCUUUUUUGUAGAUAAUUUUAUUCUUCACAAAUUAAUACGAAUAAAAUUUUUCAAAAU